GUGCACGUCCCCCGGGGUGCGGCGGCGCGGCGCGCGGGAGACCGAGCGGGAGGUAAUUCCCGGCGAGAGCUUGGGCGACCUCUCCGCUCCGGGGUCCUCCGCGUGGCCGGGGUUGGGGGCCCCAGACCCCUGGGGCGGUGAGGCCGCGCGGCCCGGCCCGGGGGCGUAGGAUCCACUGGGAGGAUGCGACCUCACCUCCAGGAAGUGAGAAGGGGAGGACUCGGGCUGCCAGAGGGGCAGAACCCCCGACCGGCAGGGACGCCUUGGUAAUCCCGGCGGCUGAUAACCGGGACUUGAAUUAAUGCUCCGGCAAGUGGGGACGGCGAGGAGGGGACAAAUUGUAAGCCCGGAGGAGGUGAUCGCUCUUGACUCCUGUCACUUGCAGAAACGCAGCCCGAAUGGUCCUACCUCAGUGUGCAGCCGGCCAAGAGCAAACUCCUGAGCCUCUGGAGAGCCAUCAUGAAGAAGCCACAAGCAGCUGUGAGAAGUCGUCUUAGGAAGCAGGCAUCCAGGCAGGAGGGAAGUGAGAAGCGUGUCCUCAGCAGCAGCCAGGUCAAGCCUUCUACCGCUGCAGCAGGCUUGGCCAAGCGGCAGGAGGCGGCAUGGCAGGCCUCUGUCUCCUCAUACCAUCUGUUCAGAGACACAGCCGAGGUCAUGGCCUUUCGGGAGAACCUACUGAACUGGUAUGACCGAGAGAAGCGGGACCUGCCCUGGAGAAGGCUGGCAGAGGGUGAGGUGGAUCUGGACAGGCGGGCGUAUGCUGUGUGGGUCUCAGAGGUCAUGCUGCAGCAGACCCAGGUCGCAACGGUGAUCGACUAUUAUACUCGAUGGAUGCAGAAGUGGCCAACGCUGCAGGACCUAGCCGGUGCUUCCCUGGAGGAGGUGAACCAGCUCUGGGCUGGCCUGGGUUACUACUCUCGAGGCCGGCGGCUGCAGCAAGGAGCUCGGAAGGUGGUAGAGGAGCUAGGGGGCCAUGUGCCACAUACAGCAGAAACCCUGCAGCGGCUCCUGCCUGGCGUGGGGCGGUACACAGCAGGAGCCAUUGCCUCCAUUGCCUUUGGACAGGCAACCGGUGUGGUAGAUGGGAACGUAAUACGGGUGCUAUGCCGUGUCCGAGCCAUUGGUGCUGAUUCCAGCAGCACCCUUGUCUCCCAGCAUCUCUGGGGUUUAGCCCAGCAGCUGGUAGACCCAGCCCGGCCCGGGGAUUUUAACCAGGCAGCCAUGGAGCUGGGGGCCCUAGUGUGCACCCCACAGCACCCGCACUGCAGCCAGUGCCCUGUGCGGAGCCUGUGCCGGGCAUACCAGAAGGUGGAACGGGGAAAGCUCUUAGCCUCCCAGAGCCUGCCAGGCAGCCCCGACGUGGAGGAGUGUGCUUCCAGCACCGAACUGUGCCAGCUGUGCGCGCAUCCCACAGAGCCCUGGGACCAGACCCUGGGAGUGACCAACUUUCCCAGGAAGGCCAGCCGCAAGCCCCCCAGGGAGGAGUGCUCUGCCAUUUGUGUUCUAGAGCAGCCCAGGGCCCUUGGGGGUCCUCAAAUUCUGCUGGUGCAGAGGCCCAGUUCAGGUUUGCUGGCAGGACUGUGGGAGUUCCCAUCAGUGACCGCAGAGGCCUCAGGGCGAUGUCAGCGUGAGGCCCUGCUGCAGGAACUGCAGAGUUGGGCUGGGCCCCUCCCAGCCUCCCACCUCCAGCACCUUGGGCAGGCCUGUUUCAGCCCCUUGACCUUCCUCCAGGUGGUCCACACCUUCUCUCACAUCAAGCUGACAUAUCAAGUAUACGGUCUGGCUCUGGAAGGACAGACCCCGGUGACCAUUGUACCACCUGGCGCACGCUGGCUGACCCGGGAGGAGUUUCACACUGCAGCUAUCUCCACCGCUAUGAAAAAGGUGUUCCGUGUGUACGAGGGCCAACAGCCAGGGAUCUGCAAGGGUUCCAAGAGAUCCCAAGUGUCUACUCCAUCCAGCCGGAAAAAGCCCAGCCCUGGCCAGCAACUCCUGGAUAGUUUCUUUCGGCCUCUCAUCCCUACGGAUUCAUCCAACCUCAACAGUAUGGCCCAGUGACAUCUCUAGAAGCCCCCAUUUCCUGAGAAUCCUGGGUUUUUGGUUUUGUUUUGUUUCUAAUUUUAUUUGACAGAGAGAGCAUAAGCAAGAGGAGCAGCAGAUGGAGAGGGAGAAGCAGGCUCUCUGCUGAGUAGGGAGCCCGAUGCAGAGCUCAAUCACAGGACCCUGGGAUCAUGACCUGAGCCGAAGGCAGAUAGAUGCCUAACCAAAUGAGCCACCCAGCAGCCCUUGAGUCCCGUUUUUUAAUAAAGCGCUUAUUUUUAUAGUCA